GAGUCGGUGUGUGGUGCACGCCGCGCUCCCAGCACAAAAGCCCAGGGAAAGAAACUCUUGGAAAGCUGGGAGCGAACGGUGCGGCCGGGCAGGAGCAGGUCGAACCGUCCGGGUCCGUUCGUCUCCACUGGAUAAAUUUUGCAACUGCGAAGGAAUUAAAUCCGAUUUUCUUCUUGUUGUUGUUUUUUUUUUUUCUUUCUUUCUUUUUCCCACCCCCUACCCCCAGGAUUUUUUUCUUCUUUUUUUCUUUUUGAGAGCGAGAGGGAAGGGAGAGCCGCGCUUCUCCCCCCCUCUUUUCACACGCUCGAUCUUUUUAUUUUUAUUUUUGUUUCCCUUGGGGUAGAGGUGCACACGAGGAAAAAAAAAAAAAAUAAAGGACUAUGUUUGCUUCGUGGCUGACUUUCGCCGUGCUCUGGGGAACUUUCUGUGCAGGACCAGGCCAUGGGGAGGCUGAGACAAGGGAGUGCAUCUACUACAAUGCCAACUGGGAGCUGGAGAAGACCAACCAGAGCGGCGUGGAGCGCUGCGAGGGGGAGAAGGACAAGCGGCUGCACUGCUAUGCCUCCUGGAGAAACAACUCGGGCUCCAUCGAGCUGGUGAAGAAAGGCUGCUGGUUAGAUGACUUCAACUGCUAUGACAGGCAGGAGUGUGUAGCCACAGAAGAAAACCCUCAGGUGUUUUUCUGCUGCUGCGAGGGCAACUAUUGCAAUGAGAAAUUCACCCAUUUGCCUGAAGUCACCGGCCCAGAAGUCAUAUACGAGCCUCCGCCGCCAACGCCCUCCCUGCUCAACAUCCUGGUGUACUCCCUGCUGCCCAUUGCUGUGCUGUCCAUGGCCAUCCUGCUGGCCUUCUGGAUGUACCGGCACCGCAAGCCUCCCUACGGCCACGUGGACAUCAUUGAGGAUCCUGGCCCACCACCCCCUUCUCCCCUGGUUGGUCUAAAGCCCCUGCAGCUCUUGGAGAUCAAGGCAAGGGGACGCUUUGGCUGUGUGUGGAAGGCUCAGCUGAUGAACGACUAUGUAGCAGUGAAAAUCUUCCCUAUUCAGGAUAAGCAAUCUUGGCAGAGUGAGAGGGAGAUUUUCAACACUCCUGGCAUGAAGCAUGAAAACCUUUUGCAAUUUAUCGCAGCAGAGAAAAGGGGGACAAACCUGGAGACAGAGCUCUGGCUGAUCACAGCUUUCCAUGACAAGGGUUCUCUGACAGAUUACCUGAAGGGCAACAUUAUCAGCUGGAAUGAGCUCUGCCAUGUUGCAGAAACAAUGGCCCGUGGCUUGUCCUACCUUCAUGAAGAUGUCCCCUGGUGCAAAGGUGAAGGACACAAACCUGCCAUAGCACACAGGGACUUCAAGAGUAAAAAUGUCUUGCUCAAGAACGACUUGACAGCUGUACUAGCUGAUUUUGGACUGGCCGUACGGUUUGAACCUGGAAAACCUCCAGGGGACACUCAUGGACAGGUGGGAACAAGGAGGUACAUGGCUCCCGAAGUGUUGGAGGGAGCCAUCAACUUCCAACGAGACGCCUUCCUGAGGAUAGACAUGUAUGCCAUGGGACUGGUGUUGUGGGAGCUAGUCUCCAGAUGUAGAGCAGUUGAUGGUCCGGUGGAUGAAUACAUGCUGCCUUUUGAAGAAGAAAUAGGUCAGCACCCAUCCCUUGAGGACCUGCAAGAAGUGGUGGUUCACAAGAAGAUGCGCCCUGUGUUCAAGGAUCACUGGCUAAAACAUCCCGGCCUGGCGCAGCUCUGCGUGACCAUCGAAGAGUGCUGGGACCACGACGCGGAGGCGCGGCUCUCGGCGGGCUGCGUCGAGGAGCGCAUCGCGCAGAUCCGCAAAUCCGUCAACGGCACUACCUCGGACUGCCUCGUCUCCAUCGUGACGUCCGUCACCAACGUGGACUUGCCACCCAAAGAGUCUAGUAUCUGAGUCCUGGGUCCUGGUUCACUUUUGUCUUUCCAGACUCAGCGGAUUUAAAACAAACAAAAAAAACAACAAGGAAAAGAGUUAAAAAAAAAAAAAAAAAAAAGUACAAAAAAAACAAAAUCACAAAAAUUCAACAAACCCAUGAAUGCAGCUGCUAUUUUAUCUUGACUUUUUAUUAUUAUUGUUAUUAUUAUUAUUAUUAUUUUUUUGGAUUGGAUCAAUUUUACCAGCACAUUGCUCUACUGUAUUAAAAAAAAUGGACAUUUCAGCAAGCAUUCAGGUGCCGACUAAUGAAUGCAGAAAAGGUGCAGGUACCUCAGAACCUCAACAAACUCACUUCAGUUGUUUUUAUUUUAUUCAGUUUUCUGGGUUUCUCUUUAUCAGUCUGUCUUCUGAGCGGAGCAUCUGUGACAUAAAGCUUACAUGACAUAAAGGAAAACCACCUACCACCUUCGAAAACGCAAUGCUGCAAACUGUGGAGGAAACUUAAGACUGUUAUGUAAAGAAUACACCUUCCUCAAAAGCAUUUUUUCCCCAUUUUGGUUUUGGGUUCAGUUUCUUUUUUAUUUUUUUAAAUUUUUUUUUGGAAGUGAGCUUCAGAAAAAAACAGCAGAUGUGUCUUUUACGGAUCUAACGGGUGUCAUUGUAACAUGGGAAAAAAAAAAAGUAACUGGGCAGCGAAUGUUAAUUCUUGAUGGUAUAAUUGAAGGGGGGAACGUAGAAUAGGGGUGGGGAGAGUGACGUUGGACUUGGCAGCAUUUGGGGAAACAUCAUUUGCUAUGGAGCUACUUCUCAGGUAACCUUUAGAGGAGGGGAAGGACAUUUCUGGGCAGAGUAUUUACGGCUGCAGCGUAUGGAGAAAGCGGAGUUAAAGAGGCAGUGGUUGGAAGACAGGCACUUGUUUCUUCCUCCAGAGUCUGGGUUUGGGUAGUAAAAGAACAAAGCCGGACUAUAACUUUUAUUUUUCUAUUCCAGGUAGUAGUAGGAAGGAUGCUUUUAAGCAAUGUCAUCGGGACAGUUGGGGAAGUGUAAUUUCAGAAGCACUUUGGUAAAAUACUGGAAGAUGAGAAAAUUUUUGCAUCUCGUUUUAAGUGUGAGUCAGUUGAGAAAAAUUUGCCUUAGGUUGAUUAUCUCUCAGCCCAAGCUAAUGGUGCAGAUGGUGGAAAGAGGAAAAGGGUGAAAACUGGUUAUAUCAUUUUUUUUUUCUUUAUUAAUUUGGGACUGGGGGAGUGAAUGGUGGCAGCUGGCUCCUGUGGCAUCUGAGGAGCCUGGGAGCUGCCUGGCUGCAGGGAGCUGAGGCAGCUCAGCAGCAUCAGUGAUUCCCACAGCAGCUCUCCCACUGAUUUCUUUGACGCUGCUUUCUCCUUACUCUGUGAUGAAACUCUUUUGUCUUAAAGUGGUGCAUAUUCAAAAAUACCGUUACUCUUAUUAUGCCAUAAACUCGCUCUAGUCAGUGAAUGUUCCUAAUGCUGCUGAUUCAACAUUGAAAUAUUUUUUUAAUUUGCAAAACAUGCAAUGUUUAAAAAAAUAAAAAACUUAAAAAAAAAAAAAACAACAACCAAACACAAAACAUACACACACACGUUACGUGGCUUCCGAGGUUUAAACUGAAAAAAAAAUUAAAAACUUCAUGACCACAGACCACCUCAAACCAGAAAUACCUCAGAAUUUUCUACUUGUAUGAGUUUUAUUAUAUAUUUUGUUAGUUGUGUUGUCUUGUAGUAAGUAUAUUUUAAUGUAAGUUGGCUUUUAUGACAAGGGAGUUUUAAAAAAAGAAAAAAAAGAAAAAAAGUUCCAAAAUCUUUUAGGAAGUGCUACCAUUUUUUUGUUGUUUUGUUUAAUAAAGCACCAUUGUAAAUAACUGUAUACAGUUGUAGAAUAACUGCCUAUAUAAGGUACCUGGGCAUUAUUCACUCUUAUUUGUGAAGGCUGUUUCCAUUCUGUGUUUUUUGUUGGUUCUUUUUUUUUCUUUUUUUUUUUUUUUUUUUUGGGUCUGUUUUAGUGAAAGGACAGUACAUCUUUUUUUUUUCUUCUUCUUGUUUUAUUUUAAUUCUUUUUUACUUUUUUUUUUAUUUUUUACUUUGAAUAUAACAUGAAUUCUGUGUCUUGCUAGACUGACAAAGUUAUGUCCAUUGGAUGGCCAGAUCUUCUAAAUUUUUCUUUGUGUUAAGCCAAAAUGCAGUCCUAAACUAAUCACCCUGUAAUGGAAAUGUAGAAAGUCUAUAUUAUAUAUAAAUUAAUUGGACUUCUCUCCACUGCCAAAUUUUCAGUGUGCACCCUUGCACAGAUACAAUUUAUUAAGCAAAUGAAACUGCUAAUUGGAGAAAAUAUUAAAAAAAAAUUGAAAUAUAUUUCUUGAAAAGUAUAGCUUUAAAACCUAGAGGUCACAAAAGAGGACAUGGUCCUUUAUCUUGAAGAGACAUUAAGAGAAUUGCCUUAAUUUGUCUAACUGAAUAAAGUCUUAACCUAUUCUUUCAAGUUACUGAAUGUAUAUUGCAUAUUAGUGUGUACACACAUGUAACUGUGUUUCCGUGUGUAGGUUUGAAAGUUUCUGUUUCUUGAUGUGCUUCUGUUGAGAAAAUCUUGACAAAACCAGACAGAACGAUACCAUUUUGACCCAGCCGGUGUCCCCGGUGGCCGUUGGCACCUUUGGGCCUGAUGCUGCAACAUACCUAUGCUUAGCAUUGAGGGUGUAGGUAGCUCUUCUGGUGUCAUGACAUUAGGCACUCACUUAAUGUUAAGUGUGGUUGUAAAUGUUUGCAGGAUCAGUAUUUUUCAUGUUUAAUACAUUUCUGCACUGAGAUUUAUAUGAAAAUGUGACUAUGUUUUAGAAGUGAAGUGAUGUAAGGGUUGGGGUGGAGCGUAGAGCAGUUAAGACUGAGUGAAUACUUGUUUCGAGGUGGGCUUGCUCCCUUUUCCCUGGGAAUGGGAGCCAGUUCCUAUUGCUGCAGAAAGAAAAAAAGCUGUACUGUCUUUUAACUGUUAAUAUCUGUUUGCUCUUCUGGAUUUUUUCCUUCAGCAUUACGUAUUAUAGCUAAAACAGGCUCAUUACAGCAGUUGCUUUUUUAUCCUGAUUUCUUUAAGAAGCUUUAAAGUAUUUAUUGAAAGUGCCAUAUUAUUUUAAUAGCCUAUUAAACAGUGUCUGAAAUCUUCUCUUUUGAGAAAGCAUAAACACAAAUUCUCACAUGUAGCUUAUCUUACUGCGGGGAACUGCAUGACCGUACAAACCUUGACCGAAUGUUGAUUGUAAAGUGCUACAUCUUCCUGGUGUAAUGGUUCCUUAUAGAUCAUCUUGUCAGUAGGAUUCAGAAACUGAUUUGAAAAAGAAUUUCCAAAUUGGGUGUGCGCUGGGUAACAAGUUUUAUAUGUAUGUAGGUACGUGUGUCUUGCUAUUGCAGCAUAGAAAAAAAUCCUGAACUUUUAAUUUGUACCAAUUUGGAUAAAGCUGUUUUUUAAACUUGUAUUUAUUUAUUUUAUUAACAAAGACAAGCUCUGAUUAAUUUGUCAGUCUUUCAACAGCUGAGCUGUCAAGCAAGUAGUUUUCUCACCUCUAAUCCAUUUGAACUCUCAUUGAGAACAUGAUUUUGGUUCUGUUUGGUACUGCAGAGCCUUUUUCCAAGUCAGGAAUUGGGCACAUCCAUAGGUGUAGCUGUCAUAUGCAACUGCAGAUCUUUUCCUCCUAACACUCCCUUGAAUAUGACAGUGACAACACCUCUUAUGUUACUUCCCAAGUGCUAAAUUUCACUUCCCAUUCAGACUUAGAGGAAGCAGUUCUUCAAAAUUUGACUGCAGAAUUUUAUUGGUCACCUCCCUCUCUCAUAUGGAAGUUCUCAGGUGAAUAUUAACACUUAAUAUCCUGAGUAAAAGUUCCCCUUGAUUUUAGCAGCCAGGAUUCCCCAUCUUUCUGGUCGAAUUCCCUUUUGUGGAUUCAUUGCACUGGCUGGGCUGGUUUCCUAAGUGCAGAAAAUUUGAAUUCACAUUUUUAAACUGGAAGAACCACAGGAACUAAAACUGGGGUGUUUUUUUGAGAUGGUAGAGCUGAUGAAAUUGAAACAGUACAGCAAGGCUGGAAAUUGUAUAUGGGUUAUAUUGAAAUAUACAUGCAGCCUAACCAUCAGUUAAGUAGUACCAGGACUGUUCUUUGUGGUUAAGGAUUUUAGCUGGUCCCAGUCAUUAAGAAAUCUCUGUUUAAGACAAAAGUAAACCACUUUUUAUUCUGCCUUGUUCUUUAGCAGAAAUUCUCUUGCAGAAUAUUUUUAUGCGCUAGACAGUUACACCCAUGAAAGUGCCCACGUCUUUGUUUUGAAGAGAAGCUCUGUGAGUGCUCCCCAGUAACUCCCCUGCAUUUUCCUUGGGUCUCCUGACUCCCUGCUGCUCCCACUUGAAGUCAGUGGUUUCAGUGAAGGCAGAUAUUUGCAGGCUGGGUCAGGCCUGGCGUUAGGAAUCCUGAUCCCCUGUAACAUCGCAGCACUAAAACCGGGGAACACGAGUUUUGUUCCUCUUGUACGACUUUCUAGGCAGACUGUCAGAGCUUGCCCUGCUUUGCAGGGAAAAGGUCUGGUUUCACUUAGCAAGGAAGGAACUGGUACUGCAGAGGAAGGUGCUGGGUGAUAAGGUGUGACAGUGCUGUUGCUGCAGUCCUCUUCAAGCCACACUCCGCUUGGGAAGUUGUUAAGCAGGAAGUGUCCCGCAAACUUCUGUCACUUUUACAUACAGGAUAUUGUUUGGUAACAUUGUAAAUAAAAUAGACUAUAUAAUAGAGGAAAAUAAGGACAUUUUGACUUUUUUACUUUUGGAAAAAUAUAUAUAUAUUUUAGUUACAUAUACAAACAAAAAUUCUACAUUGUGUGAGAAUUCUUUUAUACCACAAAUUAUUUUUGUAAUGUCUAAUAUGUUUCUGCAGGGAAAAGGGAGAAAGGUCUGUAUAUGCACAGCAAAUAAAUAAAGAAAUAUAUAUAUAAUGUUUAAAUUAAGUGUGCACUACAUCAGAGUCUAGAGGAUAGAACAAGUGUAGCCUGAAAACAGUUUGAGGAGCAAGUUUGGAUGUACUUGGACAUGCUUUGAGGACGGCACUGAGUAUAUGGUUAGGUUAUCUUGCAUGUCACAUCCCUUCUGCUAAAGAUGCUUAUUGCUUUUCUGUGGCCAUCUUCAGUUAACCUGGGAGGAGUUUUUUCACGUGUUCAUGCGAGUGUCCAUGUGUGGGCAGUGUGUCUUUUGGCAUAUGCUGUGGUGCUGCAGUGAGUUGUGAAGUCAGGGUGGUAAGAGUUUACCGAGGCCAAAUAGCCGGGCUGGUGUCGCUCGCUGCUGUAUCCGUUCAUAGCAGCUGUGUCUGCUGCACUGACAAUAUGAUCUGUAAGGAGCUGUUGCCAGUGGAGUCCUGAUAAAACCAAUUCCUAGAAAUUCCUUCUCUCUGAAGUGACACAACUAAUCAGGCUUCAACCAGAACACACAGAUAUGUGCUCUGUGUUCCCAAAAUCAGAUUUAAUAGUCUGUGUCGGAGGCACUAAAGAAAAGGAACACUGUCAUGUCCAAAGUCCUACUAAGAGAAAGAGCUUUCCAAACCUGUGUAACAAUACAAGGUAUUCUAAAAGUACUAAAGAAAAAAAAAAAAAUGGGGGCAGGGGGGAGGUUAACUGAAUUUUCCAUUGGACUUAAAAUUCACUCCAGUCUUUUUAGUCCUCUCAGCUGCGAUAGCACAGUGUCAGUGGGUGAGAGGUCCUGAAGAAAGCUUUACACCAAACAACUCAGGGCACUGCCUUGGAGCUGGCUUGACAGUGUGCCUUUUGCAAUUAGUGCUCACUAAUUCAAGCGGGCUCCUGCAAUUACUGAGUUCCUCAGCCGUGUUCUGGUGAAGUCCUGGCCUUGUGGAAGCCAGGGAGAGAGUUUCCAUUCAAUCCUGUGUGACUAUGAGAGUGUGUGUGUGCUCCUGGAACACUUUCUAAGCACACCUGGUCCCUUAUUUACAUGGGACUUCCUUUUUCAUGACUCGUUUUAGGGUGACGCUCAGUUCCCUGACUGAAGUAGUAGCCUAUGGAAUAAGCAGCAAUGCCUUUUGUCAGGACACUUCCACAGAGAGAGAUCAUACUUGUGUUACGUCCAUCUAGCUGUUCUGAAAUGUAAUGCUGUUCUGUUGUGCCUUUAUUUUUCCAUGUAAAAGCAACUGCUGUAAGCUUUCUUUCUCUUUUACUAUUUUUUUUUUUUUUAAAUUUCUGUCUGAAAAAAACACUUUUCAUUGCCCAGCUGUCAUUUCUGGAUGCAGUCUGUGAUCCAGGUAUUUCAAGAACCAAUUACCUCAAACCUCAUGUUAAACAGUAUUGCUAUCUGGAUUCUCCUUGAUACUACAAUAUUGUAACAUACACAAACAGGAACCUUGCUCUAUAUGGGUGUUUAUAUAUAUGUAUCAUAUACAUACAUACAUGUAUAUAUAUGAUAUAUAUAUGUAAAUGGAAAGUGAUCCCCAAGGACUGAAGGAAAAAAGCAAAACUUAUUUUGUAUUCCAACAUUGAAACCAAAAGGGCUUUUCUGAAGCUCUAUAAUGGCAUUGUGCUGGAUAUCUAGAAAGAAGAAGUGUUUUCUGCAAAGUGCUUCCUUGAUUAGCCUUUUAUUUCAGUAUUUUAAUGGGGCAGAUGAUGUGAAUAAAACACCUCUUCUGCAUUUUUUGGUCCAUUUUGAAGCAGAAGCCUCUUAAUCUUUCCAUUUGUUAAAAAAACCCUGAAAACUCAGUUUAUAACAUUCCAAUAAGGUUGGUAUUGCAAAACUCAAACAUGUUCUAGGAAAAUUUCAUAGCUUGUGAUUUUGUGACAAUGAAGGCCAUACUUCAUUCAUUUUUCCGGUGUUUUGAGGAACUGAAAUUUAACCAGUAACCAUCCUAGUCAAUUAAAAUCCUAAUUCAGUAGUUACUGGCAUCUCUGCAUUGCCACCUCUGUUAAAACACCAAAAUAAACUCCAAAAACAAUUGAAACCAAAAAUCCAAGCAUGACAGAGGAGGAGGAGAUUGGAGCAUCUCAUAGCUUUGGAAAGUGGACUUAGCAACUUUUUGGAUAACAAAAAAUACGUUGGCAAGAGCUAGAACCUGUCUGCCCCUUUCAUUUUCCAAAUACCUAUUCCCAAAAACCAACACAUAAAAUCAGACCUUCAACUACAGCAACUUCUUAAAGAGAAUUAUGUUCAGGCUAUAUUUUGGGGAGAAAAAUAAAAGUUGGACAGUUUUUAAAAUUACCAUUUUAUUUUAUGUGUUCCCCUCCCAAAUGUCUGUUUUUAAAAAAAAAUAAUGUAUCCAUGCAGUUGAUACAAUAUUAGUCUGUAUUUUACUUGGACAGCACAGUAGCUUUCCUGUCUAAAUACUGAUGAAUUUGCUAUUACUAGUAAUCCAUUUAAUUACUGGUAAUGAAUGGAUAGUAAUUAAUUUACUGCUAUUAAAGGAAGAGAACAAGAUAUUUCCCUUACCCCAUUUUUUUCUUGACUGCCUAAUGUUUCUAUGGCUAUUGAUGGUUGAUGAUUAUUAUCUUUGGUAAAUCAAAGUACUAAAAUCUCCCAGAAGGAGGUAUUUUGCAAUACUGCUGGCCUUCCAAUGGAACAACCAUGAUGCAAACAUCAAUCUCGUAGUGGAUGAGGAUUGAAGGAAGUGGUUACUGCAAACUAAGUAACAUUUUUGGCCUCGAUUCUAUGCCAUAAGCCCGCACAAUGCCAUUGUCAAUCUGUUCUAUCUGCUUAUGAAUCUGCAUGAUCCUCAUGAUAGAGUUGAAAGCUUGAUCUUUCACCUGUUAAUAUUUUCACAUUUGUCCUUAAGUUUGACAAAUUUUGUACUGUAAAGUUGACUUAAGUACAGUUUGAUGUCAAUUCUUGUGGAAAGAGCUUUCUGCAUGUAACAUUAGAUGCAUACAGUUAAACAACACAGCAUAGUACAAAAACUCACAAGAAAAUGUUUUGGCACCAGCAGGAAGAAAUCUCACCCUAACCAUUUGUCAUUUUAAAACCAUCCUAUUGUAAGUUUUACCAGCUACUUCUAAAUUUGUGCUUUAUUUAAAGAAAUAAAAUAAAAAUCCUAAGACUUGUCUAGCGUAGUGAAAUAUGUGUAUAUCAGUUUUAGGAUAAAUAGCUAAGUCUUAUUACGCUGUGUUACUUAACUUGUAUAUAUAGAGUAUACAUAAGAGUUUGCAGUAACCUGUUUCUCCAGGAUUUCCAGUUGGAAUGGAUUUAAACUCAAACUAUGAGAUUAAAUGAUUUAGAAGAUUGCAGAAUAAACUGAGUGUAAAUUACAGGAAGCUCUAUCAGAUGGUGAAAUAAUUUUUAAAGAGUCUUUUGGUCCUUGGCUCAAAUUCACUAAGUACUGUUUGUAUACCAAGAUAUGUGAAAUGUAAAUGUUGUAGGUUAUAUUUCACUCUUGUAGCUAUAAAAAUGUAGAACAGAGAUAGCUUGUACUACUGAGUUAACAAAAGUUAUACUAAAGUAUCCUGUUAAAGAAAAAAAGUAUAGAGAGUUAAGCUCGUUGCUGUAACCCCUUUUGGAUUGAAGUGUGCUGAUUUUUUAUAUAUGUACAUUUUAUAUAUAUAUAUUCUGCAGAAGUAUACAUAUAUAAAAUGUAUGUAUAAAAUGGCCUAAUGCAGACAUCCAUUGUAUUGCAGUUAUGAAAUGAAGACAUUUUGGAAAGAACAUUGUAUCAUAGUUCAUGAAUUUGCAGUGGAUCUUUGUUCCUUUUUACUGUGGUAUUUUAGAAAUGAGUCUCAAGUUUGAAAUUAGAUCUGCCAAGUUGGAGUUUUGCUGCUUCAGCUUUGCACUGGGUGUCUGAAUAAACCAGUAUGAAUGUAGUAUUUGCCCUGUGUGAAGCAGCUACACCCCAACAGAUAGGAGGAAAAAAACCUAGAAAGAACUAUUUCAAGUUUAUCUUUUUGUAUAUGAAAAUAAACAGUAAAUUAC